ACUUUGUCCAAUAGUUGCGACGUCUGCCCGGUCACGUGAACGUCGCCAUGGUGCCAAGUGAGGCUACAGCUAUACGCUACGAGUUUAACUAUGGUUCUGCAGAAAAACCGGCAUGACCAGCAAAGAAAUGUGUUUACUCCUCGGAGCGACCGGUGUUGGUAAGACGUUGUUGCUCAAACGUCUACAAAAGUUUAUCGUACAUGGUUUAGAUGAAUUAGGGACACCACCUUCAACUCUUCCCACAGUAGGAACCAAUCUGACAGACCUGACCGUGAAGAAGAAGAAGGUGACUGUGAGAGAGCUGGGAGGCUGCAUGGGCCCUAUAUGGCCCAGUUACUUCAAAGACUGCUCCUCUGUCAUUUUCAUGGUGGAUUCAGCCAACAUUGCUCAGAUAUCCUCCUCCUGUAUCCAGCUGCUGUCAGUACUCUCAGCUGAGCCUCUGAGCAAGGCCUCUGUGCUUAUUCUCUUCAACAAGAGGGACACGCCUUGCACUAUGAGCCUUAUAGAGAUAAAGUCACUGUUCAGGAUGGAUGACAUUGUUGCAUCUGCGACUCAGCCAAUCACAACACUGGAAGUCAGUGCCAGAUCUGGAGAGGGACUUAAAGAGGUGAUGAGCUGGCUGGAGUCCGUCACAGUCAAGUGACAUACGCUUACUGACUACUUCAUUAGAUGGUCAGAGGAGAAGGAGACCAGAGGGGCUAAGAACAGGAAACAGGCUACAGUUUGCACAGGCUAACCAAAGUUAGACAUCAAAGAAUUGAAAAAUGUUGCCUGGUCCAGUGAGUGUCAGUUUCUCCCGGGAAUUUGGAUGGUAUUGUUACAAUUUGGCAUAAAUAAAAUGAAAGUAUAGAUCCACCCUCCCUUGUAUCAGAGGAUCAGGCUGGUAGCGGUGUAAUGGUGUGCCAGAUAUUUUCUUGGUACCCUGCACCCAGCAGGAUAACGCAGUAUGUCACAAAGCUCCAGUCAUGAACUUGACAAUCAGUUCACUGUACUCAAAUGGCCUCAAGAGUCACCAGAUCUCAAUCCAGUGGAGCACCUUCAAAGUCUGGUGCAAACUCACACCAUGGUUGUGCACAUGACAAAUCUGCAGCAAGUGCAUAAGACUGUCAAGUCAA